CUCACUAUAAAAGAGGGUGAUGCAACGCUUCAUCGACAACUGUAGCUUUCUUAACAGACAGAAGAGCCUYACAACCAGGAGCAGAAUAAAGGCCUUUCAACUAACAUAAUUUCUUCACUGAAAACAUAAUCAGUUUUUCAUAAUGAUGCUUCAGCAUCCGGGAUUCAGCCUGUCCGACAUCAGCGCGUCAGCCUUGGUACCCUGCCUGUCCCCGCCUGGAACACUCACGCUCGAGGACUUCACCAACUUCACUCCCCUGGUAAAGGAGGAGUUGCGACACGCUAUCCAGCACAGGCGGCUGUCCAACGGACUGAGCACCGAUAUGAGCGACUGUGCGAGCUCAAGUUCAGACAGAACGAAUGAAGCUCCAAGUGUCAAGAGGGAGGAAAUCCCAGAGGAAAGUGACAGGAGGAAAAGAAGACGAGAAAGAAAUAAAGUAGCUGCUGCCAAAUGUAGGAAUAAGAAGAAGGAGACGACUGACUGCCUUCAAAAGGAGUCUGAGAUACUAGAGUCAGUGAACUCUGAGCUGAAGGCCCAGAUUGAGGAACUGAAAAACCAGAAGCAGCAGCUGGUCUACAUGCUGAACCUCCACCGGCCCACCUGCAUCGUACGGGCCCAGAAYGGCCAGACCCCCGAGGAUGAGAGGAACCUGUUCAUCCAGCAGAUCAAGGAGGGUACCCUACAGAUGGAACAGCUGGACUACCACCACACCUCAGUGCCAACCACCUGUGGCCAUCACUGAUCCACACACUCCUGGGGGAAGUAGGGUACUACUCACUCACUCACUCACUCAGACAGAUGCUCACUGUCCUCUGGCAACUGUACUGUACCUGCGUCAAGUGAAGGCUCUGUCGGGCCGGAAAAACAAAGGAGCUUUGCGCGUCCCACUCCUAAACUGGACUUGACAGCACAAGGACGGACACCCCGUGUGCUACCUAGGGUAGGCUUGUGGUGUUCCGGCAAGUCGGGCGAAUGUCAAAGCACUAAAACAUAGAAAUACAUCCAAUGUGUUUAUUGUUUCCUAAAUCUUUUACAUUGUUAUUCGAGGUUGAUGACUCAUUCUCUGUUUUUUGUACCAAAGUAUUACGUCAAUGUGGUAAAGGCACAUGAUUUCACUGGUCAGUUGAGAUAGAUGCUUGUUGAGGAAAAAUACKAUUAAAGUGGAGAGAUAGUAAUGGCUGUGUACCGUGUGUGACAUUAAUAGCUGUGUUAUUACUGUCAUAUAAGAAGAGGUUAAUCAUUGUGUGAAGUGUUUGCUGUUGUGUUUAUUGAAUAUAUUCUGUAGUAGCURUGUCUAUAGCUCACUUUCUUCCCCCUCGACUUGCAUAACAAAAACCUCUGAAGCUGCUACUACUAACUCAGGAUAUACAGGUAUAGUUCAUAGCAGAGGAACCCUCUUGUUAUAGGACAGUAAAGGGAGUGCAUGCAAUGAGGAUUCAUUCAGACAGCAUUUCAACUAACUUACUGACAAUGGCACUGUUAGCCCUGGACCUCCCUAAAUGAAAAUCAGUCAUUACAUCGCUGUAAACUGGUGUAUUCGGAAUAGGCCCUGAUUACAUAAUGAUCUGUAGUAUUUUCUCUUAGGUGUUGAAGAUAUGGUUGUGUGAUUCGUAUUAGAAUUUCUUCACCUAGAUAAAAGUGUGCAGUUACUGUAUACCAUAUAUGUAAACCAAAUAACACCUCC